GGCACCUGGCCCCAGCGUGGGGCAACUGCAACUGACUCCGGGUGUGGGGGCUAUAAGAGGGACAGGUGGGCACGGAGGGCAGAAACCCAGGAGCCCCCAACCGACCAUGACCCAAAGCUGCAGAUACUUCAGCCCCGCCCUGGCCCCCAUCCUGCUGGCCCUGCUGCUGGGCGGCCCCGCGCUGGCCUCGGAGAUCGUGGGGGGCCGGGCGGCCCGGCCGCACGCCUGGCCCUUCAUAGCUUCGCUGCAGCGGCGCGGAGGCCACUUCUGCGGCGCCACCCUCAUCGCGCGCAACUUCGUCCUGUCGGCAGCGCAUUGUCUGAACGGCCUGAACUUUCGAUCGGUGCGCGUGGUGCUGGGGGCGCAUAACCUGCGGCGGCGGGAGCGAACCCGGCAGAUGUUCAGGGUCCAGAGGGUCUUUGAAAACGGCUUCGACCCCUUGAGGCUGGAGAAUGACGUCGUGGUUCUCCAGCUCAACAGGAUGGCCACCCUCAACGCCAAUGUGCAGGUGGCCCGGUUGCCUGCCCAGGACCAGGGCGUGGGCAAAGGUGUGCAGUGCGUGGCCAUGGGCUGGGGCCAGCUGGGCACAAACCAGCCACUGCCCCAAAUCCUACAGCAGCUCAAUGUGACCGUGGUGACUGGCCUCUGCCGCCCCACCAACGUGUGCACCCUGGUGCCACGCCGGCACGCUGGCAUCUGCUUUGGGGACUCCGGCGGGCCCCUAGUCUGCAACGGGCUGGUCCAUGGGAUCGAUUCCUUCGUCCGUGGAGGUUGUGGCUCCGGGAUCUUCCCAGACUCCUUUGCCUCUGUCGCCAAGUUUGCCAACUGGAUCAACUCUAUCAUCCAGCGCCACGGUGACGACGAUGGCCCCUCCCUCCACCCCAGGGACCCCGUGGGCAGGACCCGCUAGAAAAGCUGCACCUGUCACGCCCCCUCACCUGCCCCUGGCUGGGCCUUUCCCAUGAAGCAUCACUCAGCAUCUGGCACAAUAAAAACCUCUGUUUUGUAGAAGGUGUCUGCGUGUUUGUUGGUUGGACAACUGAGUCUUGAAAAGUCCUUAGGAGAAGGUCUUGGGCAUGUCACGAGUACACUGCCACCAGGUGGUGGCUAAUUCAGGGCACUGGGUUAAGAAGUCCCUUCCCUACCUUCCACAAAAGGAUCCCAGUUGCUAUUUCUGGUUUUCCCUCCUGUUAAACAAACCAGUGCUGCAGGUGGUGAGAACACAGAGCACUACAGCAGGUGUUCACAUAUGCUUACAAAAACAGACAUCACUCCGAGUCUUUGGAAGUAUUCACUCAGCUGGUCCUCUCUCUGCUCUCGAAGCAGAGGGGCAAACAGGUAUGAAGUCACACUCACGAGCCUGGGUUCGAGUCCCAGCUCUGUGACUUUGAGCAACUUGUGUGCUGUCUCUGAGCCUCUGUUUCCCUGCAGUAAAGAGUGACGGACUGUCUGGGAAGCAGCCAGCCAGGAGUUGGGGUCCCAGGCCAGCCUCAGCUUCACUGAGUGGGGAGACAGUCCCUCCCCAACCUCCCCAG